CAGAGGAAACCGGCCCUCCACAUGUCGACAGCAGGCAGUGAUCAACUCUAGCAACACACAAAAUGGACGAUUCAGACUCUGAUGACAGGAAGUCAAGAAUAUUCACCGUGACCAUUUCCAGUCUGACCCUGAAGGAUUCUGGGUCGUAUCUUUGUGGAGUCCAGAGAAACUCAGGAUUUGAUGUUUUCACUGCUGCUGAACUGCAAGUCGAGGAAUGGUGCUGUGUGGAGUCAAAGAUAAUUAGAGAAACUGCAGGACAUGAAGUAACCUUGCAGUGCCCUUAUCCGCCGACUCACCGAAACAACAGGAAGUUCCUCUGCAAAGGAAGUCAACGCAGCAAGUGCACAGACAUGAUGAAGGGUCAAAGCAGAUUCUUACUGCACAGUGACUUCUCUGGGUCUUUCUCCGUCAAAAUCACACAGCUGGAAGCAGGAGAUACCGGAACGUACUGGUGCCGUUCAGAGCCGGGGUGGAACGUCGGAAAUUAUACCCAGUUUCAGCUGUCUGUAGUAGAAGAAGAACAGAACGCGGCCCCAAAAAAAACGCUUCAGGCUUCGGCAACACAGGACGUCACAGCGGUCUCUCAGCACCAGAGCAGCACAGUGAAAACUAGCCUAACAACUGCAACGCUGGUCUCUAAGGAACUCAUUGAAGGGCUUCCAGAUGCCGCUCUCUAUUCACUCGUUGCCGUGUUUGCUGGGCUGUUGCUGCUGUCUGUCAUCCUGGUCACGGUUUUCAAGAGCAAAUGUCGCAAAGUAAAAGACGUCGCCGUCGUUGCAGACGGGAAAAAGCUCGACUUCGUGGAAGUGCAGGAAACGUGCAGGGGAGAAGAUGUGUAUCAGAACCACGACUCCAUAGUGAUGAGGUCACAGCAACAACACGCCAGCCGUCACUUUAGUGAUGUGGAUGAAGACGAACUUGACUAUGAAAACAUCACAGCAGCUGAGGACAUCUACGGCAAUGAGAGUUUCCAUAAAUUUAAGUGACGGAGAGCAGUUUAACGCUUCACUAAUACACAGAGAGUUGGUUUUAAUUUUGCGGCUUCUCUG